AUGAAGCUCCUGCCCGUUGCCCCUCUCCUCCUGCUUCUGCUGACGACACUGGAAGCCAGACCAAAACCUGCAGGCUUGGCCCUGAAGUGCAGGACAGGUCCCCUGGACAUCGUGUUUGUGAUCGACAGCUCCCGCAGCGUGCGCCCCUUCGAGUUUGAGACCAUGCGGCGGUUCAUGAUGGACAUCAUCGGCAGCCUGGACGUGGGCCCCAACGCCACACGGGUGGGGGUGAUCCAGUACUCCAGCCAGGUGCAGAACGUCUUCUCCCUCAAGACCUUCUUCACGCGGGCGGACAUGGAGAAGGCCAUCAACAGCAUCAUGCCGCUGGCCCAGGGCACCAUGACGGGGCUGGCCAUCCAGUACGCCAUGAACGUGGCCUUCACCACGCAGGAGGGCGCGCGCCCUCUGCACAAGAAGAUUCCCCGCAUCGCCAUCAUCGUGACGGACGGACGGCCCCAGGACCGUGUCACCGAGGUGGCCACCCAGGCCCGGAAUGCUGGCAUCGAGAUCUACGCCGUGGGCAUCCAGCGGGCAGACAUGAACUCGCUGCGGGCCAUGGCCUCACCACCGCUGGAGGAGCACGUCUUCCUGGUGGAGUCCUUCGAGCUCAUCCAGCAGUUCGGGAAGCAGUUCCAGGACAAGCUCUGUGGGGUGGACAUGUGCAUGGAGCGGGAGCACGGCUGCCAGCACAGCUGCGUCAGCACCCCCAGCUCCUUCUACUGCGAAUGCAACCCGGGCUACAGGCUCAACGUGGACGGAAAGACCUGUUCCCGGUGCGGGGCCGGUCAUGUUGACCUGGUGAUGGUGAUUGAUGGCUCCAAGAGUGUCCGGCCCCAAAACUUCGAGCUGGUGAAGCAGUUUGUGAACCGCAUCGUGGACCUGCUGGAGGUGUCCCCCCACGGCACGCGGGUGGGGCUGGUGCAGUACUCCAGCCGUGUCCGCACCGAAUUCCCCCUCAACAAGUACCACAGUGCAGAUGAAAUCAAGAAGGCGGUGAUGGAGGUGGAGUACAUGGAGAAAGGCACCAUGACAGGUCUUGCCCUCAAGCACAUGGUGGAGCACAGCUUCUCCGAGCUGGAAGGUGCCAGGCCUCUCUCCCACAACGUCCCCAGGAUCGGGCUUGUCUUCACAGACGGGCGCUCCCAGGAUGACAUCUCCGAAUGGGCCAGGAGAGCAAAGGAGUCAGGGAUUGUCAUGUUCGCCGUGGGUGUCGGCAAGGCCGUGGAAGAGGAGCUGAGAGCCAUCGCCUCCGAGCCGGUGGAGCAGCACUUCUCCUACUCGGCAGACUUUACCACCAUGACCCACCUCGUGGAGAACUUCAAGCUGAACAUCUGCCCAGAGGAGGGCAAAGGGGAGACGGAGAUCCGCAGCCCAUGCGAGUGCGAGGCACUGGUGCAGUUCCAGACGAACACCGUGGCCAUCCUGCAGAGCCUGACCGAGAAAAUUGCUCAGAUGACGGCCAGACUCGAAGACUUGGAAAAGCAGAUAGCCAACAAGAAGUGAUCCUUGCAGAGGGCUGCAACGCUUGGACAGGGCACGGGGACGUACAGUAGCUACGUGGCAUUUUUAUUGCUAGGUUAUUGUAAAGCAUCAGUGUUUGUUCUUGUAUCGCAAAAUCCCGAGGGGGAUGCGGAGUGUAUUUAAAAA